AUGCGAGCGGUUCGCUACCAUGGCAGAGAGGACGUCCGAGUAGACGAUGUACCAGAGCCAGUAUGCGGAAGUGGACAAGUCAAAAUUAAACCAGCAUUCGUCGGAAUAUGCGGCAGUGAUCUUCAUGAGUAUAUGGGUGGGCCACAUGCAGUACCUCGAACCCCGCACCCAGUCACCGGCGAGAAACUCCCGACUACGCUCGGUCAUGAGUUCAGCGGAAUAAUCGAAGAGGUUGGAGCAGACGUAACAGAUCUUAAAGUGGGUGAUAAGGUUGCCGUUAAGCCGAAUCUGUCGGAUGGUACCUGUUGGUCAUGCUCGAUUGGGAGGCUCAACUGCUGCAACAGCCUUGGCUUUAUUGGAUAUAGUGGGAGUGCUGGUGGUCUGUCCGAUCAUAUUGUCGUGGAUAGAAAGCAUGCGAUCCUGCUACCGCAUUCGAUCCCAUUAGAAAUUGGAGCACUGGUAGAACCUCUAUCCGUCGCCUGGCAUGCCGUCAAACGCAGCUCACUCCAAAAAGGCGACACGGCGCUAGUCGUCGGAGCCGGUCCCAUUGGCCUAGCCAUCGUGCAAGUACUAAAAGCACGAGAAAUCGACACAAUCAUCGUCGUGGAAGUCUCCAAACGACGACGAGAGUUUGCCGCUACUUUCGGAGCAUCUCAUGUUCUGGAUCCCACGGAGGUUGACGCCGUUGCAGAGAUCCGUGCUAUCACGGGUGCUUUCAGAGGUGUCUCCGUUGCCUUUGAAUCCUCUGGUGUUCAGGCGGGACUUGAUACAGCCAUGGCAGGUACCAGGGUGCGUGGCACAACGGUUAUACUGUCACUUUGGGAGAAGAAGCCGGUUUUGGACGCAAUUGCUGUUGUUCUUGGGGAGAAGCAUAUCGCUGGUGCUGUGGUGUAUGAUGAAGGAGACUUUGAGGAUGUGAUUGGUGCUAUUGAAUCAGGCAUGAUUCACCCGCGAUCGAUGAUUACCAGCACGAUUGCCAUGGAGGAGAUAGUCGAGAAGGGAUUCAAGGCACUCAUCCAUGAAAAGGAUAAACAUAUCAAAAUCCUGGUUGAUAUCUCGGCUUGA